GAAGUUGUUUGAAAACAUGUUUAUUUCAACAAAUUCUCUCAAUGGAUAUAAAUCAAGAAAUUAUACAAAUAAAAUAUGUUCCAACGCAAAAAAUAGCAGGCAAAAGGAAAGCCGAAAAUAGUGUCGAUGACAGUGAAAGUGGUGUCAAAAAAACAAAACUAUUGACUGCACAGGAUACUCCUCCAAAAGCUGCAAUUGAAGUUCCGGCUGGAAGCAGUAAUACGUUUACAAACGUAAAUAUCGGCACGGGAACUAAAAACACAGCUAUAAAAAUAAAUGUACAUCAAAGUCCUAAAAAACGAAUAGAGCUGCCUUCAGCGAUAAAUACAGAACAAAAGCAAGUAAAAGAAAAAUUUAUUUACGGCAACUAUAAUAAAUAUUAUGGGUACAGAAAUAAGGAUAGCAAAUACCAUGACAUACGUCUGGAAGUCUUUGCUACUCGCUCAGAUAUGUUUCAAAAUAAACAAGUGCUCGACAUUGGUUGUAACAGCGGACUAAUAACAAUGGAAGUGGCCAAGCUAUUUAAAAUCAAAAGCAUAGUUGGUUUAGACAUUGAUCGCUCCCUAAUCAACCAGGCUAACAAGAUGUUAUUGCGACAAAAGAAAAUGUUACCUAUUGAAAAUGAGGCACGUCGUCUACAUAAAUAUCCUUACAAUGUAAGCUUUGUACAUGGAAACUAUGUGUUACGAGAUGAUAUUUUACUAGAAAUUGAACACGAACAAUUUGAUAUAAUCCUAUGCAUGUCAAUAACUAAAUGGAUACAUUUAAACUUUGGAGAUGCUGGAUUAAAGCAGGCUUUUCGGCGUAUGUUUCUACAAUUGCGUAGUGGUGGUAAACUUAUAUUAGAAGCGCAGCCCUACGACAACUAUGGACGUCGGAAGAAAAUGACUGAGACGAUAUAUACUAAUUUUAAAGCUAUGCAGUUUUUUCCCAAACAUUUCAACGAUUUUCUGCUUUCAGCGGAUGUGGGUUUUGAAAGUUUUGAACUAAUGGGUGUACCUGAAAACUGCAUAAAGGGCUUCAAGCGACCAAUACAGAUAUUUCACAAAACAUAAUGCCACAACGACUGUGAUAAAACUAACACACUAAGAUAUUUUUAGUUUCGAUUUUAUCGACCUUCAGCAUGUACGAACAUAACUGUAUAUUUAAGAAGAAAAUGUGGUACAAAUAUUUCAAUAAUUUAUAAUUUGAAAGUUAAAGCGCAUAAAAAUUACCAAAAUAUAUUUUAAACAACAAUGAUGAUAUCAUCAUUCUGA